AGAAAAGUCAAAUCGGGACAAAGCGAUCAUCGGUUACGGUCUUCGUUUUGCAUCGUUUUUGGUCUGUUUUUGUUGAGUUCUAUCAAUUCGUUGAGAUGGCUGACAGCAGAGAUAAAGCCACCGACCAAAUGAAGAUCUGGAAGGAGAGCAGAGGAGCUAUGAGACCAGACACCUUGACAACAGGAGGUGGCCAUCCCAUCGGAGACAAGUUGAAUCUGCAGACCGCGGGGCCGAGGGGACCCCUGCUGGUCCAAGAUGUGAUCUUCACGGACGAGAUGGCCCACUUUGACAGGGAAAGGAUCCCAGAGAGAGUGGUGCAUGCUAAAGGAGCAGGAGCUUUUGGUUACUUUGAGGUGACUCAUGACAUCACUCGCUACUGCAAGGCAAAACUGUUUGAGCAUAUUGGCAAGACUACACCAAUCGCCAUCCGCUUCUCCACCGUGGCUGGAGAGUCGGGAUCAGCUGACACUGUGCGGGAUCCCAGAGGCUUUGCUGUCAAGUUCUACACCGAGGAAGGAAACUGGGAUCUUACUGGCAACAACACCCCGAUUUUCUUCAUCAGAGACGCCAUGCUGUUCCCGUCCUUCAUCCACAGCCAGAAACGAAACCCUCAAACCCACAUGAAAGACCCUGACAUGGUCUGGGACUUCAUGAGUCUGAGGCCUGAGAGCUUGCACCAGGUGUCCUUCCUGUUCAGUGACCGAGGUAUACCUGAUGGCCACCGUCACAUGAACGGCUACGGCUCACACACCUUUAAAUUGGUCAAUGCUAACGGAGAUUGCGUCUACUGCAAGUUUCAUUUCAAGACUGAUCAAGGAAUCAAGAAUCUCUCAGUGAAGGAGGCAGAGAAAUUGGCAUCCACAAAUCCAGACUAUUCCAUUUCAGACCUGUUCAAUGCCAUUUCCAAUGGCAACUUCCCAUCCUGGACCUUUUACAUCCAGGUCAUGACCUUUGAGCAAGCUGAGAGGUUCCAGUUCAACCCCUUUGAUCUGACCAAGGUUUGGCCUCAUAAAGACUACCCUCUGAUUCCUGUGGGCAAAAUAGUUCUCAACAGGAACCCAUCCAACUAUUUUGCAGAGGUGGAGCAGAUGGCCUUUGACCCCAGCAACAUGCCAAGAGGCAUUGAGCCGAGUCCUGACAAGAUGCUGCAGGGUCGUCUGUUCGCCUACCCAGAUACCCAUCGUCACCGACUGGGAGCAAACUACCUGCAGAUCCCCGUCAACUGUCCUUACAGGGCUCGUGUGGCUAAUUACCAACGUGAUGGACCAAUGUGCAUGUUUGACAAUCAGGGUGGUGCUCCAAACUACUACCCUAAUAGCUUCAGUGCUCCAGACUGUCAGCCUCAAUUCGUGGAGACCAAGUUCAGGGUUUCUCAAGAUGUGACUCGUUACAACAGCAAUGAUGACGAUAAUGUCACACAGGUUCGUAACUUCUACACCAAGGUGCUGAGUGAGGAAGAACGGCGCAGGCUGUGUGAGAAUAUGGCCGGGGCUCUGAAGGAUGCCCAGCUCUUCAUCCAGAAACGCAUGGUUGAGAACUUAAAGGCCGUCGAUCCAGAUUAUGGGAACAGGGUCCAGACCCUUCUCAACAAGUACAAUGCUGAGAGUCAGAAGAACUCCGUUCGUGUCUACAGCCGUCCUGCAGCCGCCGAAAUCUCCAAGAUGUGAAGCCCUAAAUCUCAAAUAUGGCUAAUUGCAAUGACAUUAUAUGCACUAACAUAGUUACCAACUGCUACAGCCAGUGAUGAGACCAACAAGAUUCAUAUGUUGAUCUUUUGUUGUCAGUUUAAAGGCUCAGUUUAUUGUAAAAUCAGAAAAGGUAUUUGGGGAUGGAUACUAAAUUCAAAUGGUGUGUAAUUAUUGCUUUAACAGACACCACGACUGUGCCUCAUAUCAGCCAAAUAUUUCCUUUUAAUUGGUGACCUGACCUGAAUGCAUCGUAACCACUGUGAAGUAGAGGUGGUCGUUUCCAGUAAUUGCUUUUUGUGUAUUAUUUACUUCACUAUAAAGAUGACAUUUGCUACUGAAAAUAAUAGGAUGCUUACUUUGGUUGUUUAAUUUCAAAGUUGUUUUGAUGUCUGGGUUUUGUUAGAUUUCCUGGGUGCUUUUGGUAAAUCAAUAUGCUAUAUUCUUUAUCCUUGUUUGAAUUAAAUUUUAGAUGGAUGAUAAAGAAAAACUUAUAUAUAUUCUAUUGAUGAUAACAGCAUGACUUGUUCUAAAGACAUGAGGAUAUUCAUAUGGGUGUGUUCUCACAACAACUACUUUUCUGUGCCUUCAUUUUAUGGUACAUUAUCUACAAUGUACACCUUGUUUAUCUUUUUUAUCUCUCUGGCUUUAGAUGUUAUGCCAGCACAGUGCCUGUGCUAACAUGACAUGAUACAUAUGAUCAUGUAUCAUCCAGUCAACCGACUGUGAGCUUCUCAUCCUAAACCUUUUUUAAAUGAGCAUGCCUUCUUUGAUAAUUGUCCCUCAAAUAUUUGUUCAGUUCAAAGUACUAAAUUCCUUUACAUGAGCUGGAAUAUAUCCAACAGCAUUCAAAAGAAUUAAAGACGGAUGUAUUGUGAAUACCAUUUACACUAUAAAUGACUGUGGUUAAAUUGUAAUAAUACAGACUAUAAAAUGUUUUUUAAACCCUGUUAAAUCUGAAUAAUAAUGCUUUUACUUGCAUUAAUUCAUUAAAUGGUAUCAACAUCU